CAAGUCAUUUUCAAAUGUCAACUUUAGUUGUCGCAAUGCUGGUCGAGGGAAACUGCUAGCCUUGCUGCAGCUUUCCCCCGCAUUGAAGACCCUAGGUUUGUACGUCAACACGGGUGACGCUGAGCUGUGCUCGGCCAUCGCAACAUACAUUAGGAAAGCCUCACCUCUUGAAAAUCUCCGGCUCACAUUUUCUUGCAAUGUCCCUGACAUCAUGGACUCUACAUUCAGAGCAUGCACAGAAAUUUUCGACUCGCUCGCUUCAAGCACGAGCAUAAAAAAGCUGCGAGUAGACUUCGAACACGGCAUGGGCGGCCUAAACCCUGUGCACGACCGGGGAGUGGAGCUGCUGGCUGACGCCAUCAACGCGAGUCGGAGCAUACGAAGAGUGACCUUCAACUGCCUCGUUACGGUGAUCAACGAGGACUUUUUUCAGCGCCUGUGUUUUGGCAUCGCGGAAAACUACAUUCUGGUGAGCAUAGACACGGCCAAGUACCUACGAGUAGAUAAGAGAGUGUUUCAAGCCUCCUUCGCCGUCUGGGACGCCGUGCGUCGAAACGCCAGCUUUGUGACACUCGCUGCAGAUUUCACUGACGGCAGGACACUGCACAGACGCUGCGUUCGAGCCUUGGAGCGAGUGCUGCGCCAUCCUCCCCUCCUUGAGGAGCUCGCCGAACAAGAGUCCCUGAGCGUGGCCGAGGCCUCUGCGAUGGUUCGACGAAAGUUCAGCAGAGCCGAAGGCCUGCACGACUUCAUGCGGCUCGCCGGUGUCGUCAAAGAGCGCGUGGAGUGCAACUCGCGUGCAGGCGGACGACUUCAACUGGACGACCUGGACGAAUACUGCUGGAGGAAGGUGCGGAGCUACCUGAUGAUAGACGACAUCAGGGACCCUGGGGCGACCACGCUGGUCCAUCGCUAACGACGGCGGCAAGUUUGGAACAUCGUCAACACGUGACACAAGUUGUUGAGCGGAACUGCUCCACUACAAUACAGCUCUAUUUUACAGCGGCCUUGUUGUCUGAGUACUUGAACACCUGGGAUAGGAAUAUUGCCCUGCUGUGACGUGUGAGGUAGAAAGGAUGCCGAAUGGACAAAAUCAGGAGGGCGGAGAGCGCCCUCUCUUGAGCGAACUGCGUAGUUUGGCUCUGCAAUAUCUUAACUCCCCGUGACCCGACAUUCGAUGGAGUCAUCAUAGAUCACCAUCGACAUGAUUUUUGUAGCGAUUAAUUGUUUCUGUGCUGCUAGCACGCUAGCAGAGGCCUAGGUCAGGCGCUGAUAUUAUUUUAUGAUAACCGAUUUUCAGGAUCUGGUGAUCUUGUGUUUUAGUACCCACACAUUUUACAUAUUCGACUGAUGACUGCAGCUCCAUAUAUUUUUUUAUUUUGAAUUUCUGAUUAGGAAUCGAGUAUGCUCAAAAACAAAACAUUCCUGUAAUUAUGAGUGUUUAAUGCGGAUGACUGAUCUCUCAUGACACCCCCCUACAACCACGGACAUUCCGCCAUAAUGCAUUCACACCCUCUGAAAAAGAUUCGGUAAACCAAUACUGAUGCAAAGCACAACUCUAUAGGUCCAAAUUAAAUUAUUCAGAGAUUAGUAGAGGCAAGCGCAAAUGACCUUAGAGUGGUUUUAUGUAGACGCGAAACAUGCCCAC